AUGAAACCUUGUCAAGUAAUUCACUUGAACAAACAUGAGAAACUAAUCAAGAAAUCAAUCCUAGCAAAGACUAAUAAAUCUCAAGCACCCACCCACUCCCCUCAACAACAAGAGAAAAUUAAACACAGUAGAAUUAUUAAAGCUGAAAGGGACGAGCGGCUGGAUAUUGGUCAAUCUCUAUCCCCUCCAAAGCACUAUAUGGGUGGAUUUACAGUCCCAAAGGCUCUACGCUCUUACAAUCACCAGCCAGGUGGUUCUUACGAGUUCAAAUCACCCUACGAACCCCCAAGAGAAGACUCCUUUGUUCCCCAUGAAGUCGUCCUCUUCCGCACACGCUGGAAUAUCGAUAAAGGCAUUGGUAUCCCUAAUGCUCCUGAUCACUUUGUCGGCGUUUAUCCACUCUCCCACAUUCCAUCUACUAUCCUCAAUUUGCACAAAUUUAGUCUCGGUGUUGAUCAAUCGGAGGCUAAAGAUAGGAAAUUCUGGAAACUUUGGCAGAAUACCUACCCAGAUAAAUCACAGAAGGAUGUUAUUGAUGUUUCAGACAAUAUUUCAUCUGAUGAUGACUUCUACGUCGGCUUCAGAACACUUCCACUCCAAACCAACGACAGAAUCAGCGGGAGUUUGUUCAAAGAAGAAGAAAUCGGUGGUUCAAGAUCUACAAAGCAAGCAGAUGGCUCCUACCUACCAUCAACCAUACCCCCAACGCCCUAUUUUGCACCACUCGACAUUUUACCUAAGGCUGACAACGCUGACAACCCUCUUUCACUCCCUCUUGCAACCAUCAUCUACCCACUUAUUCGCAUAAUACUCCCAACUCGUUCACUUGCACGCGUUUUCGGCCGACUGAGCAGAUCGCUCGUUACAGGUAUGCCCUAUAUCGGAGUGAUACCACUAGCAGAUCGCAAAGAUGGCAAGAGCGUAUUCCGGAGAGUUACACGACUGCGAUUGUCACGAAUGCGCGCUCUGCUCAGAGACACAACCAGCAGAUUGGAGGGUUUCCACGGUGGUUUUCCAGGCCUCAGAGUGACGCACAAGGAUAGAGGGAGAGGGUGGAGAGGGGAGAGAUUGGAUGAGGGCUUUCCUAACGAAUUUAAGCAGGUAAAGGUACUCAUGCGUCCUGGUCUCCUCCCCUUGAAUGAAGUGGCCGAUUGGGAGCUCCUCCCUAAUGUCACUGUCCGAUCGAUGGACGAUCUCGGUCGUGAGCUGAGUGACGAUUUGAGCGAGGUCGUCGAGAGCUCUCAGAUGCUCGCUCAGGAUGCCAAUCAAGAGGGUUUCGAUGAGCAGCAUGAAAAUGAUCAUGAUGAGGAGCAUGAGUAG